CAUGCCAUGUUGGAGGGGGCCAUGUCGAUCGUCACUGCCAGUCACGGCUGGCGUGCUUGGAAUAUAUCUUGGCGAACGCAUCCCGUUUGCCCGUUCGCCCGCAUGGCUUUGGAGGCUUAGCCAAGUAUAAGAGUAGCCUCCCUUGCUGUCCCACCCGUCGAUUUUCUCUCCUGUUUUCUGAAUCACCCUGAGGAUCACCAAGACAUCAGAAACCAUGCACGGCAGAGUCACAACCCUCCUUGCCUGGGGCAGUCUGCUGGGGCUGUCCCAAGCUGCGUGCCCUUACGCCGCCGAUUCAGCCCAACUGGGAAAGCGGCAGGAUGGCGAGGAUUCGGACCACCUCGCCAAGUACAAGAUAGAUGACGGCAGCGGCUAUAUGUCCUCUGAUGUCGGAGGCCCUAUGGAGGACCAAGCCAGCUUGAAGGCGGGUUCGAGGGGCUCCACCCUGCUCGAAGACUUCAUCUUCCGCCAGAAGAUCCAACAUUUCGACCAUGAGCGUGUACCUGAACGGGCAGUUCAUGCUCGUGGCACAGGAGCCCAUGGCACUUUCACCAGCUAUGCCGACUGGAGCAACCUCACGGCGGCAUCAUUCCUGAAUGCCCCUGACAAGAAGACGCCCAUGUUCGUCCGCUUCUCCACUGUUGCCGGAUCCAGGGGCAGCGCGGAUCUCGCCAGAGACGUCCACGGGUUCGCGACCCGAUUUUAUACCGACGAAGGCAACUUUGACAUCGUUGGAAACAACAUUCCUGUUUUCUUCAUCCAGGAUGCCAUUCAGUUCCCAGACUUGAUCCACGCCGUCAAGCCGAGACCGGACAAUGAGAUCCCCCAAGCGGCCACCGCCCACGACUCUGCCUGGGACUUCUUCAGCUCGCAGCCGAGUACCCUCCACACCCUGUUUUGGGCCAUGGCCGGCAAUGGCAUCCCGCGCAGUCUCCGUCACAUGGAUGGAUUCGGUGUCAACACGUACCGUCUCGUAAAAGAGGACGGAUCCUCGAAGCUCGUUAAGUGGCACUGGAAGUCUCGCCAGGGGAAGGCCAGCCUUGUCUGGGAGGAGGCGCAGAUCCUUGCGGGCAAGAAUGCCGACUUCCACCGUCAGGACCUUUGGGAUGCCAUCGAGUCCGGCAACGGCCCCGAGUGGGAGCUUGGUGUCCAGGUGAUCGACGAGGACAAGGCUCUGGCGUACGGCUUUGACCUGUUGGACCCCACCAAGAUGGUUCCCGAGGAGCUCGUUCCCGUCACGAAGCUGGGCGUCAUGAAGCUGGAUCGCAACCCCACAAACUACUUCGCCGAGACGGAACAGGUCAUGUUCCAGCCCGGCCACAUCGUGCGCGGCAUCGACUUUUCCGAGGACCCUCUGCUGCAAGGGCGCCUUUUCUCGUACCUCGACACGCAGCUGAACCGGAACGGCGGCCCCAACUUUGAGCAGCUGCCUAUCAACAUGCCGCUGGCCCCCAUCCACAACAACAACCGUGACGGUGCCGGCCAGGCCUUCAUCCACAAGAACAUCCGCCACUACUCCCCCAACACCCUCAACAAGGGCUUCCCGAAGCAGGCCAACCAGGCCGACGGCCGCGGCUUCUUCACCGCCCCCGGCCGCCGUGCCGGCAGCGAGCUCGUCCGCCUCAUCUCCUCCACAUUCGACGACCACUGGUCGCAGCCCCGUCUCUUCUACAACUCGCUCAGCCCCGUGGAGCAGCAGUUCCUGAUCAACGCGAUCCGGUUCGAGACCAGCAACCUCCAGUCCAAGGAGGUCAAGCAGAACGUGCUCACCCAGCUCAACCGCGUCAGCAACGACGUGGCCGUGCGCGUGGCGGCCGCCCUGGGUCUCGAGGCCCCCGCGCCCGACGACACCUACUACCACAACAACUCCACCGCGCACGUCGCCGUCUUCACGCCCAACGGCACCCUGCCCUCCAUCAAGACGCUGCGCGUCGGCGUCCUCGCCAGCACGCAGGCCGAGGGCUCGCUCGCGCAGGCCGCCCAGCUCAAGGAGCUGCUCGCCGCCGACGGCCUCGUCGUCACCGUCGUCGGCGAGUCCCUCGCCGAGGGCGUCGACCAGACCUACUCGUUCGCGGAUGCUACCGGGUUUGACGGUGUUGUCGUCGCCGAGGGUGCCGAGCCGCUGUUUGCGGCUGACAGCAAGCCCUCGACCCUCUUCCCUGCCGGUCGCCCGGGUCAGGUCCUGAUCGAUGCGUACCGCUGGGGCAAGCCGGUUGGUGCGCUGGGCUCGGCGGAUGCGGCGUUCAAGAGUGUGGGCGUGCCGGCUGAGGGUGCGGGUGUGUAUGGCGAGACGGCUGUUGAGGCGUUGGUUAAGGGGUUGGAGGGUGGUUUGGCGCGGUUCAGGUUCACGGACCGGUUCGCGCUUGACAACUAGGUCGUCGGGGGUUUGGUCGGGGGUUUAAGACUUUUGACUUCAUGACAGCGGAUGUACUGUAUAUAUUAAUGAGUAAUUCUUUAUCAUGAACCAGCGAUGUGUGGGUUAGAUUUUAACCGUUCA